GCUAAAUCAUUCCCAUCAUUCUCUAGUCACCUCACAUCACCAAACAUMAAGUGGAGAAAAUGAUUCGAUUCAUCUUGAUUCAGAAUCGAGCGGGCAAAACCCGUUUGGCGAAAUGGUACAUGAACUUUGAUGAUGAUGAAAAACAAAAGCUGAUCGAAGAAGUACAUGCCUUGGUUACUGUUCGUGAUGCAAAGCACACUAAUUUUGUCGAGUUUAGAAAUUUCAAGAUUGUAUACCGGAGAUAUGCAGGCCUGUACUUUUGCUUUUGUGUUGAUGUCAGUGAUAAUAACUUGUAUUAUCUAGAAGCAAUCCAUAACUUUGUAGAGGUUCUAAAUGAGUUCUUUCAUAAUGUUUGUGAGCUUGAUCUAGUGUUCAACUUUUACAAGGUUUAUUCAGUGGUAGAUGAGAUGUUCUUGGCUGGCGAAAUCAGAGAAACAAGYCAAAGCAAAGUUUUAAAACAACUCAACAUGCUUCAACAGUUAGAGUAAAAAUCAAACAUGUUUUACUGAAAAAAACUAGAAAUGGUAAAUGUGAAUACUUAAUUUGUGAAGAUAGUGAGACUUCUACAAAUAUUUUCCUUUAUAAAAUAACUGAAUAUUGGAAGGUCGAGGAGACCCAAAAGAUGCAAAGAUAUGAUCUUAAAUGAAAUUCGACUCUUAGAUUCAAGACAUGCCRUUUGAUUAGUACUUGGAAUCUUUCUUUCCAAAUUUCUUUUGUUGGUAAUAGGUUGUCUUUAAGCAUGUAAACAUUUUAAAUCACAUCAGUCACAUUAUUGUAAAAACCUACCCGGAGAAACAGACAUUAGUAAGUUUUUUUUUGUCCACAAAAAGUAAACCAUGUCAUUUCUUUUGUAAAUGUUAUACUCAUUAAGAUUAUUAUUAUGGGGCUGUUCCCAUAUUUCCUUGUAAAAUUUAGGUCAAAUUUUCUCUCUUAGGUGCAUCACAUAUUAUAGAUCUGUAUUAUAGAUUGCAAACAGCAAAAUUAGGUCUUUGUUUCUGUAAGCUACUUUGUAAACAAGUCCAUUUUCCUCAACAUGUCCUUCCCUACAGUGAAGGACAAAAUGUAUCCUUGUUGAGCAUGUCUGAAGAUUGCAUGCAUAGCAAUGACAGACACUUGAAAUGCACAUAUAAAUUUUCAAGGUUAUAUAUCUGUUUGCAUCGUAGCUAUAGUCAAACAUUUGUGAGUCUUGUGCCAGAGCUAAACCCAGAAAGUAGCAGAAAAGAUACAUUAUACUUUUACUUUUAAUAAAAUUCAUUCAAACUAUCA